AAGACGGACGGUACAGUCAAAUACAGUGAAAUCCUGAAAAAAAAAGCAUCUAUUUCUAUACAUAAAUAUCUCUUUGAGUGGUGAUAAUAUAGGGUCACUAGUUUUUUAAAACGUCAAUAGUUUUUUUAGUUUUAUAAUUAAAAUCUCUUGUAACAAUGAAGUAUUUAUUAAUUGUAGGACUUUUUAUAUGGCCCUUAUAUACUAAUUCCCAAGCUCAAUCAUUUGAUGACAAACGCUGCAAAUGCAUUUGCCCAAGCUUGUCUUCAGUUACCAACAAAACAGACAAAUCCCAUACUGAGACACUGAUGCAGACUACAAAUGAUCCCCCUAAUAAAUGUACCUGUGAAGUGGUGAUGCUUCCAAAAGUGGCAGACAAACUAAAUGUGACGGAAAUGAGGGAAUUUUGUCCAAGAUGUGCGUGCAAGUAUGAAAAUCGGAACACUACAAUCAUUCGCCAUGUUGUAAUCUUUGUUAUAUGGGUCAUAUCAAUCCUGGUAGUCUACAUGUUAUUUCUUAUCAUUCUCGAUCCGUUACUCAAUAAAAAGGCUAAAGGAAAUUAUCAAGAACAUACUAAUGAAGAGACUGUACGUUUUAUUAUGGAAACUGAUGAGGAUAUACACCCAGGAGUGUCUCACAAUAUGAGUAUAAGGGGUAAUGUGCUGAAUAGAGUCAGCAACCAACAGGACAAAUGGAAGAGGCAGGUUAAAGAACAAAGGAAAAAUAUUUAUGAUAGACAUACCAUGCUUAAUUAAAUUUACUUUAUAUUUAGGCAAUUUAGGUAUUUAGCUUAGAUGCUAACUUUUAUGAUUUUUUUAUACUCAUAGAAUCAUUUACUGUAUUUAGUUGUAGAAAAAUGGUUAGCUGAUUUGUAAAUAUUUUCUCAUAUUUAUGGUGUAUUAUUUAGUUGUAAAAAAAGAUAUUUAAAGUU